UCUACUGUUCCGCCCGACUGUCUAUUAAGCUUAACCAGCAACAACGAUGACCAACAAACUGAAACCCAAAUAAACGCACACGCAGAAGAAGAGAGAUCUAGAGAGAGAAAAAAAUGAGGGAACCGACGAUGCUUGUCGAGAGUCACAACCACCAACACCAACACCAUCACCACAACAACACAUCGACUCCAUCACCUCCACCACAGGCUCUGCUGGAGAGGCUCAAGGACUAUGGUCAAGAAGACGCUUUUGCCCUCUGGGAAGAGCUCUCCCUCGAGGAACGCGACCUCCUUGUCAAGGACAUCGAGAGCAUAGAUCUUCCAAGGAUAGAUCGGAUCAUCCGAUGUUCUCUUCGAUCUCAAGGGCUACCGGUGGCGGCGAUAGAGCCAGUACCAGAGAAUUGUGUGUCAACAGUGGAGGAGAGGACAAUGGAAGAGAGAGAGAGAUGGUGGAAGAGGGGGUUGAAGGCUAUAUCUGAAGGGAAAUUGGGUAUAUUGCUUCUGUCUGGUGGCCAGGGAACUCGACUUGGAAGUUCCGAUCCAAAGGGAUGUUUCAAUAUUGGGCUUCCAUCUGGAAAGUCACUUUUUCAACUUCAAGCUGAGCGAAUUUUGUGCCUUCAAAGGCUAGCUGCUCAAGCUACAAGUGAAGGUUCUAUUGGUUCAGUACCAAUACAUUGGUACAUAAUGACCAGCCCCUUUACCGACCAAGCCACACGAAAGUUCUUUGAAAGUCAUAAAUACUUUGGUCUUGAACAAGAUCAAAUAACUUUCUUCCAGCAAAACACUAUACCUUGUAUCUUAAAGGAUGGUAGAUUUAUCAUGGAGACACCAUUCAGGGUCGCUAAGGCUCCAGAUGGGAAUGGAGGAGUGUACUCAGCUUUGAAAUCGUCUAAAUUAUUGGAAGAUAUGGCCACAAGAGGGAUUAAGUACGUUGAUUGUUACGGAGUUGAUAAUGCGCUGGUUCGUGUAGCUGAUCCAACUUUUUUGGGAUAUUUCAUUGAUAAAAGUGUAGCUGCUGCUGCAAAAGUUGUUCGUAAGGCAUACCCUCAAGAAAAGGUUGGUGUGUUUGUAAGGCGAGGAAAAGGUGGACCUCUCACAGUGGUGGAAUAUAGUGAGUUGGAUCAGUCACUGGCUUCUGCAAUCAAUCAGGAAACAGGACGUCUUAGUUUUUGUUGGAGUAAUGUGUGCUUACACAUGUUCACGUUGGAUUUUCUAAAUCAAGUGGCAAAUGGCCUUGAGAAAGACAGCAUUUACCAUCUUGCAGAGAAGAAAAUUCCUUCUAUUCAUGGACAUUCGAUGGGAUUAAAGUUGGAGCAGUUCAUAUUUGAUGCUUUCCCAUAUGCUCCUUCAACUGCCCUUUUCGAGGUUUUACGUGAAGAAGAGUUUGCCCCAGUGAAAAAUGCCAAUGGGUCAAGUGUUGACACUCCAGACAGUUCUAAGCUGCUUGUUCUCCGGCUUCACACUCGUUGGGUAGUUGCUGCUGGGGGUUUCUUGACACAUUCUGUACCAUUAUAUGCAACUGGAGUGGAGGUAUCACCGCUUUGUUCUUAUGCUGGAGAAAACCUAGAAGCUAUUUGCCGUGGGAGAACAUUUCAUGCACCUUGUGAGAUCUCGUUCUAGUAAAGUUUUGUUUGCAUAUUCCAUGUUUUGUUCGGCUCCAUGAGACUUCUUAACGUAGGACCGAGUGAGAUGCGCUUCUCAUGUAUGUGUAUUGGAAUAUAUUAGCGUGUGAUGAGAUUAAUGGCUGAAAGUGCACCAAUGUGUGAAUUAAAGUUUUUGAAGCUUUUGGUUGGGCAUGUGAGAUCCUAGUCAUACAAAAAAAUUGUUCAAUUUGUGUGUAUCCAUUGAUGCCAGUUGACAUAUUUACAGUUGUGUUAUGCUGUCCUUGACAGCCAAAACAGUAGCUAAACGUGGAUGAUGCUUUGUCAUUCUCUCUUAAUUUUUA